AUGAAGCGCCCUAGAAGACCUGCUAAGAAACAAACAACAUUACUAAAGGAUAAGACUUAUUUAGCUUUCGGUGCUAUUGUGGUGGAAGCUUCAAAGUCCAAUACAACACAUCAUAAAUAUCUUGCAGAAACCCAAAAAAUUGCAAGCAAAACAGCUGAAGACCGUCUUUUCAACAUAUUAGUUAUUUUAUCUAAAAAGCACAUUGCUCUCGGGGAUGACAUGCCACAGAAUUUAAAUAAUAUGGGUGAUAGAUCUAUAGAUGACGAAAUGUUUGAUGGCUUAACUAAAUGUGUUUUAGAACGCGCUCAGGAUGUUAAGAACAAAAUACGGGCAGAAGCAAUUCACACUGGCAAACGAUUACAAAAUCCACACAAUCAAGAUGAUUUAAUAUGCAAAACAUACAAAUAUCAUUUAAAAAGUGAUCCUUCAGUUGUUGUUAGGAAAGCUGUUUUAGAAAAUAUUGGUUAUUCUCAAUUCACUAGAGAAGCAAUAAUUUCACGAAUAAUGGAUGUUGACGAAGGGGUUCGUAUGCUUGCAUUUGAAAGGAUCCUUCAAAUGCCUUUAAGAUCUAUUAAAUUGGCCCAAAGGCACAAGCUACUUUUCAUAGGUUUUCAAGAUAGUUCUGAUAAAAUAAAAAACUUUAUUGAAAAAACACUAUUACCAUCUUGGCUUAAUCAGUCUGAUAAAUCUGUUGUAUAUCUUAUCGAUACUAUUAGACAUGAUACAACAGAUAAGAAAAAAGAAGAGAAUGAUACUGUGAUAGAAAACGUUUUAAAUGUUUUAUUCAAACUUUUACCAUUGCAAGAAUUAUAUAAUGAUUUAAACUUGGAUGAUGAGAAGAGAAUUUUACCACUUGAGAAGCUGUCACCUCAAAGAUUGAUAUAUUGGCGCAGUUUUGUUCAAUAUCUUAUAUCAAAUGGUUCUGAAAUUGGCGCAGACGUGGAUCUAAUUUUACCAACCUUAACAGAUCUUGUUGAUCUUAUUUGUAGGUACGAUGAGUAUUGGGAACCUACUAUGGUGCCACAAAAUCCUACGAAUGAGCAGAAACUUGAUCAGCUGGACUAUAAUGUUGGUAAAUUGGAAUUUCUAAGAAUGAUUGAAUUACAUGAUUGCUUGGGAGAUGAAGUCGGAAGACACAAAUUAAAUAAUUAUUUACUGCACAAUGCUCUUCAUGCCAAAAACAUGAUUGAAGCUCAUUAUAAUAUAAUUAUCAAAAUUUUACAUAAAACUUGUUUGAGUUUUAUGGGAUGGCAUACUGAAUUGUUAAAUGUGAUUAACGACAUUUAUGAAGUACCUGUUACCUCUGAAGUUCCAGCCAAGCAACAAGCACCAUCAUUGGAAAAAUCUCAUGAAAUUGAUGUGAAGAAAGCUAAUUUAAAAAUUGAGAUAAUUGAAUUGGAAACAUGUAGAGAAGAAGCCUUAAAUGAGAAAAAUUACACAAAAGCUAAAGAAUGUGAUGAUAAAUUGGCAGUAGUAAGGAAGCAGUUGGAUGAGUUGCACGCAGGUACGAUAAUAAUCGCUCCAUUAGAAGAUUGUCAUGUUGAUGAACCAGAAAGAAUUACAACUGAUAAUCCGGAAGUUUUAACAAAAGUAUUAAUGAUAUUUUAUAGUAUGUUGAGUUUAGGUGAUUAUAAACCUACACCAGAAAUGUACAUUUUGUUCCAAGAUGUUGUUCAACCAAACUUGUCAUCUAAUGAUUCAGAGGUUGAAUAUUGGGCAAUGUGUUGUGCAGGAGCUUAUUGUAUUCACGAUUUGAACUUAGCUAGGACCUGUUUCCCAAUAUUCUUCACAAAAAUGUUUGCGGAUGCGCCAAUGAUACCCACACAUCAAAUGUCAAGCUAUACUGAUGCUAUUAGUGCGGCUACAGCAGUAACUGUUAAUGAACCCCAUUCGAUACCAGAUGUGGCACUAAAAAUCGUCUUUGAUAUGAUUCUUGCACAUUCUGUCGAAAGUUUUGAAGUCCAAGACAAUAAUGAAGAUAGCAGUCAAGGGACCAAUCUAAGUUCACGUCGGGGGCGCAGAUUAUUUCUAAUGGACCUGGAAGAACAAGAAGAAGCAGAAGGAAGUAUUGUGGAUAAGACAUGUUCUCAACCUGGAGCUAAUCUAAAUGCUACACCAGGCAUAUCCGUUUCUGCAGCGUUUAUAGAUAUUAUUAUGAAAUUAUUACAAGAAUGUGAAGUGCAUUCUACUCGUCUUAUAGUGGUUCAAGGCUUGAUUAAAUUGUUCUUGAACAAUAAAAUAACAUCUGAUAAAAUAGUUGCUCAUCUUCUGUUGAUGUAUCACCAUCCAGAAAUGGACUUGUAUGAAAAUAAUGAUAUUAGGCAACAUAUUGUUUUGUUAUUUUCUGCUAUGGGUUAUGGUGAUGCUGGUGGCCCUGAUGCUUUAAUUAAUGCACUCAUGCCCGCUGUAAUGAUUUGGUAUGAAGCACCUUCUUCAAGUCCUCUGAAACAUAUUGAGUGUUUUAAUAUGUUAAAGCUUGUAAUAGCUCUAACACAUUCGAAUAGAGACGAUAAUGAAUGUAUACAUAACCAACUUGCUCUAAUACUUUGUGAUGGUUUAAAGCGUAUUCGCAAAAAUGAAGAACUGGAAUUGGAUUUAUCAAAAGCCUUAUCUCUAUGCGAUAUUAACGCAGAAGGGCAGUUGAAAUUGGAUCUGACACCAUGCAUAUCAGAAUUAUUGGCAACAAUAAGUAAUAAAGUAGCAUCUAAAUAUCUGAGACAAGCAUUAGCAAAUAUUGAAAUGGGCAUGGUUCAAGUUGACCAAACCCAAGAAAGUCGGAAAUCUGCCUGUGCUAGUCCUUUAAGUAAUGAUAAAGAAAAUAUAAGUAAUGAUAAUGAAUCACAGGAAUGAUUUA